AUGCCCGCCAAAAAAAAUGGUUUCAUUUUACCAGAAAAUGAAAGGACAACAGUAAAUAUUGAUGGACUUUGUAAUGAAAAUCCUGAGAAUUUAGUUUCAAUUAAAAUAGAUAUACCUGGAAUUAUUUAUCAAAGAAAACCAAAAUUUUCCGUUUAUUUGGCAAACGAUGCACAAAAUAUAUUGAAAAUAUCAUUUACAAAUUUAUAUAAAAGACCUCACAGAUUUGAUAAGGAUUUAUCGACGAUAAAAUGGUUUUCUCGUAUUUAUGACGAAACGUCGGCUGCUACAUUAACAUCACAAUUUCCAAAUUCAUGGUUACCACAUAAUAUAACUAAAAUAAGUGCAAGUGUUGAAUUUUUAAAACAAUCACCACAUAAUUAUUACGGUAUUAAAAAUUAUGAAAUAAGUAUCAAUGAUUUGUAA